AUGCGAAUGAGGAUGAUGCCUACGGCAAAAAAGAAGCUCGGGGCAAUCGGUCUUUUUGGGAGAACGGGGGGAGAUAGUAGUCCUAGGGCAGGAGCUGUGGGCCUGCCAGCAACAUCCGCACCUGCCAGUGCUUUGUCUGGGAAAAACCAUCCGCUGAGCAACGGCCACGCUACGAACAAUGCACAGCAACAACAACAACCACUUCCACAGUUGCAACCCCCCCAUGAAAUCCUCGCGACAGGUCGGCAACUGGACAAACACGACACGCCUGGAACUGCAACGGCAGCUUCCCGCUCAAUACCGGUGUUCAAGGGUUUGAGUGGUCAUUACUCCUCCGUCGCGCCCUCCACCCACCACCACGGCCAGCCGCCACCGACAUCAAUGAGUAGGAGCCUCCCUGCACAACACUUUCAUCCGAUGCAGCGGACCCGGACUACGGCCUCGGACACGGCCGCUUGUGAGCCCCCACGUGGACAGAACGCCUGGGAAGACUCGACUGUAGCCUCCAUGUUCAACGACACCGAGAGCAGGGCUGCUUCUGAUAGAACUCACACGCGUCAGGCCAGCAAUGCUCGCCCGUUCAGCAGCACUGACGCUGCCGGCGGAUUCCCACCUCCUGUGGGUACAUAUCAACGCCAACACCAAGCACUCCCACCACCACCGGCACCUGCCCAGACCAGCCGGAGGGAACUUCAGCAUCACCAACCCCAUCAGCAUCAACAGCAACAUGGGCCCACCAAUGAGAACCUGCCAUUUGUUAUUGCCGACAAUGGCAUGCUUACGGUAGUUGCUGCACCCCAUCACCAAAGCGCCGUUCCUGUAACCAGCAGUACAGCGGCCACUAUCCCGCCUGGCAGUGACAAGACUGAUGAUGCAUAUCACGAUGACCGGUCCAUCUAUGAGACCCCCACUAAGAACAGUGCACUGAGACGCACCCGUCUCCCUUACCGUGACACCCGUGGUCUCAAGAACGCCACCUACUCACCCAGUGGAAGUCAGUACUCUCCCAGGCGUGCUGGGAGCGUUUCCAUGUCUCCAGAGAGAGCAGUUGAGGCGGGUGAGCAUCUCGAGCAGGUCCGUCUCGAGGAGAGAAGGAAACGAGAUCGUGAAAGGCAACGUGAGCGCGAGCGCGAGCUAGAGCGCCAGAGAGAAAGAGAGGUUGAGCAGGAGCGUGAGCUGCAGCAUAAGCGAUCAACCAUCUUUGAGAACCUGACGCCUCUCGAGUUUGACGACGACCACAAUUUCAACGACACCCGUGCCGGGGUUCUCGCUACCACCAGCGGCGUUGACCCGGAGGAGCUAACGGAGGCCCUCCAAAACACGCCGCGUGUCGCCACCCGGAAACUGCCUCCCCCUGUCCUCCCUCUUCCUCUUGCAGUCAAGAAAGACCUGGUAGCUACCGCCGCGAUUUCUGCUCCGCUAGGUCGCACCAACAGCUCCAACCGUCGCAUUGUCAAAGAGCCCCUGAAGCCGGCAACGAAAUCUCUCAAGCGCCGACAGAGCCUGGAUUACAACGACGCUGAGCUACACAGGAUGAGCUAUUCUGAUCUGCGAAACGAGGCCUUCGAUUUUGACCCGCAGGCGGCAGCUGUCAUUGAACAACAAACAGCCAUGAAGCAGCAACAGCCUCCGCCGCAUCCUGGUGGCAGCAUAGAGCAGAGAAUGGAGUACUACAAGAACCAGGGAAGCAUAGACCAGCACCAAUUUUUCGCGCGUAUCUCUGUUGAUGAGUGGGACGAGGCAGGCGACUGGUUUCUGGAGCAACUCGGCGCAGUGGUGCAAAAGUUUAGGAAGGCGAGGAGGGAUAAGAGGCAGCUUAUCACCCAGUUCGAGGAUGAGAUAUCUGCCAGAGAGGAGGCGGUCCGCGGGAAGGUUGAGGGAAUUGGGCGGACCCUGGAGGACUUGAAACACGAGGGUCAGACCAUGAUGCAGGGUAAAGAUGCCGACCUGGAGUUUUAA